AUGUCAGCUGCGAAACCCACGAAAGAGGAGGAAGAUGCCUUCAUGGCUGGCUUGAUAUCUGAUCUAGACGAGUCCUUCUGGAGCGCGCAACCUUCACCGGACGCAUCCCCAGUGAAGAGGAGGUCACCAGCAAAGCGCCGACGCGUCGAAUCACCCGAGAAGGCUAGAGCUCUUCUUCUUAGCCCCCUUGCUAGCAGGGCCCCCAUUACGCCGACUCGGAAGCGCCAUGCGACUGCCACUGACUUUGAUAUGGGCGAUUUCCUGGCCGGAUGUGACGACUGGGAUCUGGACAACGUGUCGGAUAUGCUUUCCCCCAAGAAAGUCAAAGCAGAAGGGCCAAUUGUGGAGCCUGCGUCGCGAUUCCUGCGGGAUCCAUGUACACGAUGUGUGGUAGAGUCCAUAACGGAUGACUUUGACUGUAAGAGCUUAGUGGUCCGCGUCGAUGGUACCGAUGAACUACGCUCCGUACUACUGCGCGACCACUGGCGCUUCAUGGACAUUCGCUCAGGCGACAUUUUGAACAUCCUCGGUCAAUUUGAGCUUCUUCCCGCCUCUUCCUCUCGCCUCACCUCCCAAAUCAUCAUCACCUCUACACGCAACCUCCUCAUCCACCACCCUGACAUCCUCAUGACCGCUACCGCAAUCGCCAACGCGCCGCAGUGCCGCCGCAAGCCCCUUCUCUCGUCGCUCGUGCGCUCUUCAUCAGACGUGACCCCCGCGCUGGUGUGGGGAAACAUGCUGCACGAGGUCAUGCAGUCAUGUUUCCGAGCGUCACGGUGGGAUGACAAGUGGUUCGAGGAGCGAAUCGACGAGGUCGUGCACAAUGGCCUGGGCGAGCUUGUCAAAAUCGACGCGACAAUCGAAACGGCCAAGGGCGAGCUGCACAAGCGCGCCGCAGGUCUGCGUGCCUUCUCCCAGCGUUACAUCGCUGACAUGCCCAAGGACGAAGCAGAGCUCACCGAUACGCGUGACAAGCAAGAGAAGAAGCUGCUCGCCAUCGCCCGCAUCUUCGACAUCGAAGAGGAUAUUUGGUCGCCCACGUACGGCCUGAAGGGCAAGCUCGACGCUACCAUAGACGCCGUCAUCUCCGAACGCAAGACCUCCACCGAUAAGGCCAACCUCAAACGCGGACCCAAGCCCUUCGAGAUCAAGACCGGGCGCACGACCGCCGUCCUGGAGCAUCGCGCGCAGACGAUGCUGUACUGUCUCCUGGCGGCGGAGCGGUACGGUGUCGAGGUUCCCUCGGGCUUGCUGUACUAUACGCAGCAUGACGAGGUCGUCAACGUGCCCUCCAAUCAUCAUGAGAUUCGUGGGCUAUUGUCGGCGCGGAACGAGAUGGCGGCUUAUAUGAUGCGACGUAUGCGUGUUCCGAAGCGUCAGACGGCAUGCGAGGAGGAGGCACCUGUCGAGGAGGCCUUCCUUCCGCCCACCAUUGACGAUGAGCGUGUUUGCAAGCGGUGCUAUGCGCUGGAUACUUGCAUGUUGUACCGCAAGGCUGUAGAAAACGUCACCGACACCACAUCACCGAUCGCUGACACCUACGAGCUGAAGACCGGUCAUCUCACCGCUACGCAAACUGAGUUCUUCAAGAAGUGGGAAGCACUCAUUGCGCUGGAGGAGCAAGAUCUCGUGCGCUUCCGAAAGGAGCUAUGGACCAUGGGCGCCGCAGAGCGCGAGAAGGCGGGUCGCUGCUUCAGCAACAUGGUACUCGACGAGUCCUUCGUCGCCUCUGACGGGCCCUCCGUCUUCUCCAAGCACGACACCGCCGCCGCCAACAGGAUUCACAGCUUCACCUACCGCUUCUCCCGCCUCGCAGACUCGUCCACCGGCUCCCUCCUGAACGGCCACAUGUCCGUCGGCGACGCCAUCACCGUCUCCAUCGAGCCGCACCUCCUCGCCCUCGCGCGCGGCUUCAUUCUCCACCUCACGCCGCACGAAGUCAUCCUCGGCGUCGACCACGAGCUCGACUGCAGCAUGCUGCGCACGCGGUUGACCCUCCUGAACGACUCCAACACCCUCAUCGACCCCAUCGUCUUCCGCAUCGACCGCGACGAGCUAUUUAGCGGCAUGGGCCGCGUGCGCGAUAAUCUCGCGCAGCUGUUCUACGCCGAGGGCGAUACUGCGCGCCUCCGCCUCGUCGUCGACCUGCAGCCGCCGCGCUUCAUCGAGGGUUUCCACCUGCCGCCUGAGGUCGCGUCCUACUGCGUCAACCUCAACGCGAACCAGCAAGAGGCGCUGCAGCGCGUGCUGGCUGCGGAGGACUACGCCUUGUUGCUCGGCAUGCCGGGCACGGGGAAGACGACCGUUAUCGCAGCGCUCAUUCGCGUGCUGGUCAGCAUGGGGAAGAGCGUCCUGCUGACGUCGUACACGCAUUCCGCGGUGGACACGAUCCUGCGGAAACUGAAGGACGACUGUGACUUUGGGAUCUUGCGGCUGGGCAAUUUGGACAAGGUACACCCCGACGUCCGGGAGUUCACCUUGUCUGCGAAGCGUGCCCCGACGACGAUAGAGCAGCUCGAAUUUCAGCUGAUGAAUCCGCCGGUCGUGGCGACGACUUGCUUGUCCAUCGACCAUGCACCUGCGCGCAAAGGCGGUCUGGAGAUCUCCCUCUUCAGACGCCUAUCGGACGCACACCCGGAAGCCGUCGUCGACCUCACAUAUCAGUACCGCAUGAACAGCGACAUCAUGACGUUGUCUAACACCCUCAUCUACUCGAACCGUCUACACUGUGGCAACGAGGAAGUCGCAAAUCGAUCCCUGGUUCUGCCGGAUACCUCGUUCGUCGACGGCCUGCAUGAUAACGAGCAGAGCGCGCAGCAAUGUUGGCUAAGAGCACUGGUUGCGGAAAGCUGUAAAGCCGUCUUCGUUGACACGGAUGGCAUUCCUGCGCACGAUUCGCGCGUCGGCGACCUCGUGCAGAACGAGACAGAGGCGUCACUGGUCUAUCAGCUCACUCAGACGCUCCUGCGCUCAGGCGUUCGCGAAGAACAGAUCGGCAUUCUCUCGCUCUAUCGGCAGCAGAUCAAGCUCCUCAGCCACCACCUGCAAGGGCACGAUGGCAUCGAGAUUCUGACAGCCGACCGAAGCCAAGGUCGUGACAAGGACUGUAUCAUCAUCUCGAUGGUCCGCUCGAACGACGCCGAGCAGGUUGGCGACCUCGUCAAGGACUGGCGGCGCAUGAACGUCUCCUUCACGCGCGCUCGAGCAAAGUUGGUCAUCUUCGGCUCGCGCAAAACAUUGCAAACGACACCCCUCCUCAAGGAGUUCUUCACCUUGAUGGAAAGCAAUGGAUGGAUUCUGCCGCUCGCGCCUGGCGCGGAUACGGAGCAUGCGCUGCUGCUGUUCAACGCAGUGGGCAAGUCGUCCGGAAAGCGGACGGCCGAAGAUGCUACACCGCAGGAGCCAGACACUCCGACGAAGGAGAACGUCGCGGGCUCUCGCCCGAUCAAGAAGAUCAGGUUGCGAGCGGAGGAGGGUCUCUUGAAGGGCCGGCCUAUCCUCCACGACCUCGUCAAUGGCACAUAG